UUAUUUUUAGAACGUACUUCUCUGCGCAUGUGUCGAGAUGACAUGUCUAAACAGUGAUGUAUUUAUAUACGAAACCGGUAUAUAUAUAAUGUGUAUGACUUAAACUGAAAUUUGAUUUAACGGAGCAACAGAAGAUUAAAUUAGAUACAGCAAAAUGGCUAUGAGUUCGCAACAAAAGGCGGCGAUGAAGCGUCUAGCAACCGAUUUGAAAGAGCUUCAGGAACAACCUGUAGAGAAUGUGUCGGCGGCCCCGCUUGAUGAAAACAUGUUCGAAUGGCACUGUAACUUCAAACAUGAUGAAAUCAUCUACCAUUUGAUCUUGUAUCUACCGAAGCAGUAUCCUUACGAGUCGCCUAGCGCAGAAUUCGUUCCUGUUGGAUUCAGAUACAACAGCGGUGCAACAAUGCCAGGUAAGAAAGGAACUAAAGUCUGUCUGAACAUAUUCGCCGAUUUUGCAUAUAUCCACACAGAAUGGAAAGACCAGAAAGGGCUAGGAUGGUCUCCAGGAUACACUGUACAGACCAUUCUAAUGAAUGUGGUCGCAUUUCUAGCCGAAACUCAAUCAGGUGACAAUGCUUGGAUGAAAGACACUUCCGCCCAUAAUCUUAAACUGUCAAAGGACUUCACGUGUGCUGACUGUGGACACACGUACAAGAAACCUUAUCCACCUCUUGAUGGAGUAAAACCAUCACUGAAAAAAGGCGCAUCCAAAACCAAAUCGGCCGAUACAGGAAAGUCAAAGGGACCACAAAUUAUUGAUUACAUGUCGAAAGAACAUUUUAAAAUUGAAAAACCCAAGACAGAUGAUGAAAUAUAUGGGUAUGGUCUAAUUGUGUCCGGACCACCACAUCGUCCAGCUCUUACUACUCCUUGUGAAUUUCUACAACAAGGAUCAUUCAACAGUAUGAAGAAAGCUGUUGGUACAGUACACAGCGUCCUUAAAGAAGAACUGAAGUAUUUUCUACCACUUUAUAUACACCCAAAGCACGGGGAAGGGAUAAAGCCCCUUUUUGAAAAAGUGUUGAAUAAUGACAUUGCAGCGUUGUUGCCAAAAUGUAAACCAAACAAGACACCUAUUGAAGAAAUGGUAAUAAAGACUAUUCCAAACCUAAUGAGCGCAACAGUCGUAGAGUUCAGCAAAGGGACACAACACACGAGUGAUAACAGCUUAAAUGGGUAUUUUGCUCUGCAUAGACUGCUGUUGUGGGCUCUGGAAACAUAUCCGGACCUUGCAAAAAUCAUAGAUGAACGGCUACAGGUGUUUAUAGCCGAUGAAGCCAACAGGACAAAGAAGGCAUGUCCACAUAUCGGAGAGUGGCUGAUGCUGUUGUCAGCCUCAUGGAAAUACAGAUGGGAGGACGCUGCGGACGCCUAUCUGUCAGAGAGUAUGCGGAGACAGGUGAUGUGGUAUGUGAAGGAUGAUGCUAAACUUGGGAUGUUAGAUACUGACCAAAAAUACAGGUUGGAAAAUACGCUAGCGAAAACUGCCGUGAGCAGGAAACUGCUUGCAUUUCAGGUAUUAUUCUUGGACAUUGCAAUGCCAAAGGGCAAAAGCAGAAAAGAUUUGAUAAAGCGUUAUGAUGAUAACCUAGGGUUUCCAACACCAGAUAUGGUGAAGCAGAUGAAGGAAUCUGUAGAUACCAUUAACAACAUGAAAACAUUUGCAGACUGGUACAAGGUUUUGAAAUUAAAACCACCGACCGAGAAGGAGUUAUUUGAUAAAUAUGUAAAAUGUGUAGAGUACUCUAUCUGGACGGAUGGAUAUAACUGGUCAUUCUGGAAGACAGGAGGAGGCUGGGGCGAGGUACUUAGACGGUAUAAACCAUACAAACCCAAAGAAAAGAAAGAGGGGGAUGAUGAGAAACCUGAGAAGGGAAAAGGAAAGGCACCUGUCAAGGGACCUGCUGUCGUGAAGGGAAAGGGUCGUGGUAAGAAGGCGGCCGAACCAGAGCCAAUGGACGAAAGCGAAAGCGAGGAAGAGGCUAAACCUAAAGGCCGAGGUCGUGGUAAAUCACCAGCAGCUAAAGGUAAAGCUGGUCGUGGUGGUGGGAAAGCUGGGCGCGGAAAGAAAGUAGAAGACAUCUCUGAAGAUGAAGAAUCAGAGGAAGAAGUUAAGCCGAAAGGUCGUGGAAGAGGAAGAGGAAAACGAUCAGCUGAUGAAGCUUUCGGUGCAAAAGCUGUUGGUAGGGGCGGCAAGAAAAAGAAGUAAACACAUGAUUCAUCGUACAGUAUGGCAGGAUUCUUCAAGGGGGGGUGUAUUUACUGGUUUUGUAUUUUGAUAUAGCAGUGUAAAGAAAAUAUAGAAUAAUUUUUAUUAUGAACUUGUUCUACAUUUACACAUUUGUCAAGUAUAUUACAGAUCAGCUUACAUGCUUAAUGUGUGUUCUUUUAAAUGUAUUGAAGCGUAUGAAACUAACUUUUUAUAGUGUUUCCUUUAAACCUUUAUAUCAUAUAUAUUAUUUAAGCACUUUUAACUCACUAAAUCUUGUUUUUAUUGUUUUGCAUUUCUGCAUAAUAACGUUUUCGUAACGUUUUGGUUCUUCAGUUCUACCGUUCAUUUUGGGCAUACAUGCAGUAUAUUUAUAUGGGCAGUUUUUAUUUUCCUUGUACAUUUCUGUAUUACUGCCGUAUAUUUUAUUACUAACGUUUUCAUAAAAGAGAUGCUUUAUACAGAUGUGUAUAAUGAAAAUAUUUUCUUACAAAGUCUGAAAUUCUAAUGGAUAUAUAACAAAGAUUUGAAUGAUAUUUAAAACUAUAUAUGGUUUUGAAAACAAGAUAUAAACAUGCUCUAGAUAUAACAAAAAUAAUAUAAUGUAAAUCCUAAAUAAAAUUUUCUUAUAUUUAAA